CUGUCUCUUUUUUUAUCUUCUUCUCCGAUCUGUCUUUUUUCCCAAAAAUCUUUAUCCAUCUGCUUCUCGUUCGUCUUCCACCCACAAUCUCCGGCGUCAUCUGCUCCGAUCAUGGCGACGGCUUCGCCUUCACCGUUGAGCACGUCGCAUCCACCGAAAGAGGACCCGACCUCGGCCUCUGCACUCUCGGCUCGUCAUCACCCGCUCUCGCUCUUACCCAAAUGCAACUCCUUGAAGCAGCUCAAGCAAAUCCAGGCCUUCGCCUUGAAGACCCAUCUCCGGCACGACGCCUCCGUGGUCAACAAGCUCGUCAGUUUCUGCACCCGAUGCCCGAACGAUGCUUCCAUGGCCCACGCCCAGAAGCUGUUCGAUGAAAUUCCCCACCCCGACAUCGCCCUCUUCAACACCAUGUUCCGCGGGUACUCCCGCGGGGACGACCCGCUUCGGGCGGUGGCGCUGUUCGUGCGGGUCCUGAGUCUCGGCCUCUUUCCCGAUGGUUACAGUUUCCCGUCGCUCCUGAAGGCGUGUGCCGGCGCCAAGGCGUUGGCGGAGGGAGAACAGUUGCACUGUUUCGCCGUCAAGCUCGGGUUGACCCACAAUGUCUAUGUGCCGCCCACUCUUAUAAAUAUGUACACCGAGUGUGGCGACGUGGAUGCUGCUCGAAGGGUCUUCGAUAAGAUAUCUGAUCCCUGUGUGGUUACGUAUAAUUCGAUUAUAACUGGUUAUGCUCGGAGUAGCAGGCCCAACGAGGCGUUAGCGUUGUUUCGAGAAAUGCAAGCGAGCAAUCUGAGGCCUGAUGAUGUGACCGUCCUGAGCGUUCUUUCAUCUUGUGCAUUGUUGGGAUCAUUAGAGCUCGGGAAAUGGGUUCACGAGUAUGUGAAGAGGCACGGUUUGGAUGAGUACGUGAAGGUGAACACAGCGGUGAUAGAUAUGUUUGCAAAGUGCGGGAGUUUAGAGGAUGCGAUAUCCGUGUUUGAGAGCAUGAAGAUCAAAGAUACACAGGCUUGGUCAGCGAUAAUCGUGGCCUACGCAUCGCAUGGACAUGGCUCCAGAGCAAUAUCAAUGUUUGAAGAGAUGGUAAGGGCUCGAGUAUCGCCUGAUGAUAUUACUUUUCUGGGGCUGUUGCAUGCUUGCAGCCACACUGGAUUGGUUGAGGAAGGGUAUAGGUUCUUCUACGAUAUGAAGAACAUAUAUGGGAUUGAUCCCGGGAUCAAGCAUUUUGGAUGCAUGGUGGACUUGCUGGGACGAGCAGGCCGAUUAGAUGAGGCUUACAAUUUCAUACAUGAGUUGCCAAUUAAGCCCACGCCAAUACUAUGGCGAACAUUGCUGUCUGCUUGUAGCAGCCACAACAACAUUGAUAUGGCGAAGCAGGUCAUUCAGAGAAUUUUCGAACUAGAGGAUACCCAUGGUGGGGACUAUGUGGUUCUAUCAAACAUGUGUGCUAGAGCUGGCAAAUGGGAGGAGGUCGAUUUAUUAAGGAAAAUGAUGAACGAACAAGGGGCGGUUAAAGUUCCUGGCUGUAGCUCCAUAGAGGUGGACAAUGUAGUGCAUGAAUUCUUUUCAGGGGAUGGAGUUCGUUCUGUUUCAACAUCUCUGCGCCACGCACUCGACCAGUUAAUUGAAGAGCUGAAGCUGGUGGGGUAUGUCCCUGAUACUUCUCUAGUCUGUCACGCGAACAUGGAUGAGAAGGACAAAGAGAUCGCCCUUAGAUAUCACAGCGAGAAAUUAGCCAUCGCUUUUGGCCUUCUAAAUACUCCCCCAGGGACGAUGAUACGCGUGGUCAAGAAUCUCCGAGUGUGCAGGGACUGUCACUCUGCUGCCAAACUCGUUUCUCUGAUCUUUAGCAGGCAGAUUAUUCUUAGAGACAUUCAACGGUUCCAUCAUUUCAAAGACGGAGAGUGCUCUUGUGGCAAUUACUGGUAGUUUUACUCCAAUGGAGGUUUGAUGAAUGUCACUCAAGUGUGUGCCUUGUGAUAUACCACUUGACAAAAGCAAAUUUCCCGAGCAGGCAAGGGCAUACUGGUGUACAUGCCUACCUCAGACACCCGGAUUGCUACUCUGCGCUUGCCUUUGCGACUGUUCUUUUUUUGUGGACCGGGAUACAGAGGAGCGAAUCAAGUUUGUUUUUCGAUGCAUGGCAAACCGGAGCAUCUCUCUCUACUGCAAGAACUCUCCUCUCCUCGAAGGAGAUGAAUAGAUGCGAUUGUCGUUCAGAGGCAGGUCUGGUGUGUGUACAAAUGACUUGUUAGUGUCAAAAAAGACCAGCCAAUUUGGUGGCCAAGUUUGCAAUGUGGAAAACCACUCCAAGCAGGUGUGAAAGGGUUUUGCCUACUAAAGACAAUACUUCUACAAUAUAUAAAACAGGUCGACCUCACGGUGGUUGGGAGUUUUCGUGCUUCUCUUAUUGGUGAAAUCAAAAUUAUUCUGCCAUUUGUCGGCGCCUAAUUCGACUUCUGUGGAGAGUUAAGGAGAUCGGCCAAUUCAGUGGCUAGGUUUGCAAUGUGGAAACAGCUACUACAAGCGGGUGUGAACGGGUUUUCCCUUUUGAAGAAAAUGCUUGGAAUGCAUAAAUCAGAUCAGCGUUACGUGUCAGCACCUAAUUUGACUUUCAUGGAGCUAAUCACACCAACGGGUUUGGUCCAAGAUUCCUUGACGAAACUGACAGUGGACUGAUGAACCCAAAUGGAUCUCUAAGUCUGAACGCCGCGAAAAGGCCAUCAUGAGCGCCACUGAUUAGGCUCUGUUUUGGUUCCACUGAAUUUCUACUACGUUUUCGGACAUCAAAUGAAUGUAUUAAUGUAGUGUCAAUUCCGUGAACAGAGGCCAGAUUUCCGAA